UUAAGUAUGACAUUUACACUUUUCUGAAAUAACAAAGUUUUUAGGCAUUCGACGUAUCGCGAACGACUUUAUCUAAGACCAGACUUUGCAGGGUUUAGCUGGGCGUAUAAUAUAUUUUAUUUAUGGUGCACAAUACUAUUAUUAUUCAGUUCCAUAUCACCCGAAUGAGGAAAAAAAAUAAUAGAGGUAAGCCCUAUCGAACACUUAAGUACCGUUCAAACUGCUUUGGUUUUUCGUGCUACCACACGACGACUCGCGUGACGGUCUGUCGUUAAAUGUCUGAAUUAUUACGACAAGCCUGCACAGCUGACAGCGUUAUUCGGCGUGGGCGUUAUGCAUGUUGAACUUCGGGCAUUGAGCCGACAACUAUGUUAUGAGCGUUAAUAGUAUAAUAUGGGGAAGUAUAUUAUAUUUUAUAUGAGUAUGGGAGAACGAAAUAAAUUGAUAAGGUGGAAAAAAUCGUGAAUCUAAUUGAGACAUAAUAAUACAUUUUUCAAUUUUUGUAAUACCGUGGCCAAAAGACACGAGUCACAAAUGACAAACUUCGCAUGAUAAAGUUGUUUUUAAAUUUUUGUUUUUUUGAUGUACCUGGGUGUAUGAUGUGUACAGGUUCAUAGUAUAUCCAACAUGGACAUAUAUUUGUUUAUACUGAUCUCGUGCUAAGACGACAAAGUUUUUCAGUCGUCGUUCCCACACGUGUUUGAGUCAAUUUAAUUGACUCGACUUUGGGUUAUGAUUUGAAUAGUAGUACAUAACCCACCGCCGCGGUCGACUACCGAGUGCGAUACUUUUGAAUUAGCUCAUUGUUACAUGAACAGUUUUUUAAACAAUUCUAAGUAUGUUCAGGUAAGUUUUUUCGUUAUAUGUGUGUAAUCAUUGAAAACUGAAGGACCGUUCAUUUUGUAGGCACCAUGGCGUAUUGGCGUGAAAUGAACAAAGCGGUUUUGGUUUUUUGAGCAAGUACGACGACUUGCAUGGCGAACUACCGUCAAAUGUCUACAUAAUUAUUAUGCGCGGGCAAUGGGAAUUGUGCAUACUCCAAUUUUAUUUUAUUUGUAGAAACUUAAUUUCAGACAAGUCAGAAACAGAAUUAUUUAACGAUUUGAGUUUUUUUUUGGGAUGAUCAUGGCAUAUAGAUUAAAUAUAGAACUACAGACAGGCAACACCCAUGCAAUCAUUUAUCGCUCAUUAUUUUAAUUUUGAUUUGACUCACUAGUGGUACAUACAGAUAGGCUGUAGGAAACAAGUAGAUACUUAUUUUAUCACUUUCUUCUACCAAAACGCGCCACUAGGGAGUCAAAUCUGAAUUAAAAUAUAAUGAAAGGUAAAUAGGGGUUGCCUAUCUGUAUAGUAUCAUUUAAAUGUAUGAUCAUAGUCAAUAUUUACGUAUUUGUGCAUGCAGAAGUAUGCGGUAGAAGGGUUGCUUAUUAUGCUUAAUAAUUGAAUAAUAAAUUAUAGUUGUAAAAUUGAAAGUCAAAAUAAUAGCUUUUGUCAUGCAUACUAUAAUAUGAUAUACAUCCAUACAUGAAAAUAUAUAAAUAAUAAAUGUGUAUUCAUUAUCGCCAAGUUUGCGUAUUAUGUUAUACGUAUAAUUAUAUAACUUAUUACGGUUUUCGCAAAAUAUAUAUUAUUUUAACUUUUGUUUACAGUAAACUCUAAGACAGGCCGCAAUAAUAAGACGCAGCGAUAUAAGGGUCCGCUAUAGGGGUGCCAAAGUACGCUCUGCCACCUACCCCCAACACAAAAAAUGGCGCCAAAGACGGAGAGCUAAACAAUAAUGCGUCGCGGAUGGUUCGGCCGAUUGGUCGGAUCGGCAGCUCAGGCCACGGUGGCCGCGCUGUGCGUGUUCAACUUCGUGAUGACGCCCCACUUUGAGUGUAUGCUUGACGGCGACAGCUGCGACGAGCGCGUAAGCAUGAUGGCCGGCAUCUUCGCGCGGUCGGUGAGCAUCGCGUGCCUGGUGACAGCGGUCAUCGCGUGGCACAAGUACAACGAUGCCCUGGCCGAGUACCGCGAGCGCGCCGAGCUGCACGACGCUUACGCGGCACCGGCCGCUUCCGCCAAACCGCUUUACGUCGGCCACGCUACAUACGCCGGCGUCGUGUUGUGUACGUGUUUGGCGCUCAUCGUGCCCAUCAACGUGUUCCGUUUGUACCGAUUCGUCUUAGACAGGCGACCGGUGUCCGUGAUGGUGUACUUUGUACUCAUGUACUCGCAGAACCUUUACGUGUGCCUGUACGAGACGCUCUUCGUGCGGCUGUUCUACAAGCUGUACACCAGGUUCACGGACCUCAACCGGGACAUGGAGGCCAUCGGCGAGCGGAUCGAGGACGGCCGGUGCGCGCGAGACAACCCGCCGCCCGUCCGCGGCGGUUGGAUACCAUGCGACAGGGAUGACGAACACCGGCCGCAUCUCUAUUACUCGUCGGCCACCGGACAGCCACUGGUGGCCGCUGUCGAGCAGCUCCGGAUCAGGCACCGGCUGAUCCGCGAGGCCGUGGACGCGCUCAAGCCCGCUUUUGCCGUACCCAUAGGCCUAUCGCUGUGUAACCUGUGCGUGAUGAUCCUGUUCGAUGUCUACUACCACCUGAAGAAUGCUGUAUAUCAACCCGCAGGCACCUGGGCCAACGUUUUCAUAUUCAUGUGGCUAUCCCAGUACACUUUUCGAUUUUUCAUCAUCACCAUGACAGUGGACGUCACCAUGAAACAGGCGAGUUGAUAAUAUUGACAUUUCGGUGGAUAUCGAGGACUUGAAAAAACCUGAAACAUCUGCCAAGCACUGAAUCAUUCCUUAAAAAAAUUAAUGAGAAAAUAAUAAUUGUAAUAUCAUUGUAAUUAUCAUUUAUUGCAUUAAAAUGUUGCUUUUGCGACACUUUAGCAAGUGCAUUCUUGAAUUAGGUACGAACAAAUGUUUAUUUCCAAACUGAUUUCUUGUAAAUUCAACAGUAUUGACGUUGUUCAUUAGACUUAUUAUAAUCCAUUUUAUUUUGAGAUUUAUUUCUUGUUUAUACAUUGUAUGUUUACUCUAUAUAGGCACACAGGUCGAAAGAAACAAUAACGGACGUAAGCAGAAAUUGUUUAGAUGUUAGUACGAAAGAAGAGUUGCAAAUAUUUUCAAAUCAAAUAUCUAGUACUACAUUAGAAUUUACGAUGUGUGAUCUUUUCACUUUAAAUGCACGCCUCUUCACAUCUGCGGUGGGUGUCUGUAUCACGUACCUAGUAAUAUUACUCCAGUUCAAAAUAAAGGUGGAUAAUGUUUACUAGAAAAAAAACGUUCAG